GCGGACAUAAAUAUGAGGUGCACAUCUCUUAUGCAUGGCGUCCUUCAACCAUAGGUGUUUCUAGCUAGACAUUUAAUUGUUUACUGUUUUAUAUUAUUUUUAAAUCUAUUUCUGUUUAUUAUUUGUAUUAAUAGUCAUUACAAUGGUGACAAGGACCGUGUGUCAAGUUUUUCAGAGACGCUUUGCAUCCACUGCCGCAGCUCUGCGUCCAUCAACCGCAGAGGUGCGCAGUCAGCGUAAUGCCGUCUUCUCCAGAGAGCAGGCCAGGCAGAGGGCUCUGUACCCCCGCAUCGAGAAGAUCGAGGUAUCCAUGAUGGGGCCAGGCCUUGACGGCACGCUCCUGAUCAUGAACAAAGGAAUGUCCACUCCACUGAGCUGCGCCAGACAUCUGACUGAGCACCACAUGAGCAACUCGGCGUUGGCGAUUGUGGAUGGAGAACCGUGGCCCCUCCACCAGCCCCUCACCCAUUCCUGUACCCUCACUCUGCUCACGUUCAAAGACAGCGACCCAAGUCUCGUCAAUCAGGCUUACUGGCGCUCCUGCGCUGCCCUGCUUGGACAGGUUCUGGAGACGGCAUUUAAGGAUGAUUACACUGUGGAGCUGCUCAGCCUGCCAGAAGUGCCAGUAACUUCAGGGGCGUUCUGCUGCGAUGUCGUCUUCGACCCUCGGCUGGACUCAUGGACCACCUCUGAGGAGUCUCUACGCUCUUUAACCCAAGGGGCCCAGCAGCUGAUCCAUCAGAACUUGGUUUGGGAGCCUCUGGAGGUGGCACCCUCUGUGGCGCUGGAGGUUUUCUCACAUAGCAGCUGUAAACAGGAAGAAGUAGAACAGAAAGCAUCACACAGUCCUAAAGGCACCGUUAUGCUCUAUAGAUGUGGUGAUCAUGUGCUGCUGAGUGGGGGCCCCCUGGUGGCCAGAACGGGCCUGUGCUCCCAGUAUGAGGUGACAGCUCUCCACAGCCUGGGAAAGGGCCCCUGGGGUCACCACCGCAGAGCUCAGGGUCUCUCUCUACCUCUGCAGCUACAGGCUCAUCACACAGUCUGGAGGAGACUGAGGCAACGGGCAGAGAAACUGGAUCAUUGGAGGCGCUAAAAAUUAUGGCAGCUGUGAUUUUGUAAGAAUUAUUUCCAUCUACUAAAUAAAUGCUACUAGUUUUAGUUCUUCUUGUUGCACACAAAUGUGCUGUAAUAUUGUGAUGUAUUUAUUUCAAACUCUGUGGUGGUUUUUAUAUUUUGAAAUUUGAAGGGUGAAUGCGUUGUCCACCUCGUGCAUGUGCCAGCACACAGAGCACGGCAGAGACGGUUCAAAAAGAGCAGAAGGCGUGGGCGGAUGCGUUUCGUGAGCCGGCUGCAGGCAGCAGGGAGGCAUGUCCCCUGUCUGCCUCCAGCUGGCGCUCCAAACACUGCCGCCCACACUGCAAACGAGCAUCACGACCCCACAUCCGUCCAACAAUGUUGCUUCGGACAUUUAGCCAUUUCUACAGCUUAAUAAAAAAAAACUGUUUUGUAAA